AUGUCUGAGCACACUUACAAGUUCAACGUCAGCAUGAGCUGCGGCGGCUGCUCCGGUGCCGUCGACCGUGUCCUGAAGAAGCUUGACGGUGUCAAGUCCUACGAGGUCUCUCUCGAGAGCCAAACCGCCACUGUCGUCGCUGAGGAGAGCCUGCCGUACGAGAAGGUCCUCCAGACCAUCGCCAAGACGGGCAAGAAGGUCAACUCUGGCAGCGCCGACGGCGUCGAGCAGAGCGUCGAGGUCACCGCAUAA